CAAUUGUAGUGAUACCUCAGAAAAUAUGGAAAGAGAUCAAAAUGAUACUAUCAUAGUACCUUUUCAGAGAAGUAAUGAAAGCUCCCCAGGGAUGACACUUCUAGUAGCAAUGUAUGGAUCAUCAUCAGGAACUACCACACCCACACCUCAACCACCAUCUAAUAUACCAUCUUAUGUAGAAAAUGUUCAACAAUUAGUAGCCUCAACAUUAUCCAAUAAUCAAUCAUCAAAGCCAUCAAAUUUAAGGGUAACAACUCCAUCAGUAGGAAAUAUAAAUACAACCUAUCUACAACCUCUAGUUUCACAACUGCAAAUUGGCAACUAUUCUCGAUCAACUAGCACAACAACUUCUCAGUCAGUACCUAGCAGUCAACCGUCAAAUAAUAUAAACACCUCUCAGCCAAUACUUACACCUCAACCAGCUAUAGUACCAAUAGGAGGAAACAAUAACAAUGCCUACCUUUAA